CACAUUUUCGUUUACAGUUUACUGUUACACUGAUUUCCCUGGUGAAAAGAAUUCUUCGAUGACGCAAAUCUUGAUCUUGACUGCCCUCCUUGCCGUCAUGGCAGAGGCUCUCACAUUCUCUCGCAGUGACAUGACAGGGAACAAUUUUGCGGGCGAUAUUUUGACAUUCAAAGAUCGUCUCUACGUCCCUUACGGUCCAGAUUUGAUUUCUGAUCCCCCACAGACGGACCAACCUUGGACGGGAUUUGGCUACGGAUUGGGAGCAACGGAGCAUUGGGCGUACGAUCAUAAGGAGAAGUACAUUUAUUCCCAAAGCGAAGCUGGUGGCUACGUAACAAUUAUUGAUUACAACGCUUUGCCAGGAGUAGUGACACCUUAUAGUAUGAAUGUUGGUGGACGCAAUGUUGACGUGCGAGAUAUUGUCGUCUGUUCAGAAGAGGGACUACUCUUUCUGACGCUUACUGAUCGAAGCAAGGUGCUUAUGUAUGAAACCGUGAAACGGAGCUCCCCCGGAACCCCAACGUUGCUCUCUGAGAUUGAUGCCGGAAACUCUCCAGAUGCCAUGAAGCUCUCGAACGAUUGCAGUAUACUUGCAGUUGCAAACCAGAACGAGGGAACCUCAGUUUUAAAUCAAGGCGCUGUCACUUUGGUGACCAAUUUUCGUUCAGCAAGUGGACCCGAAACAAAAACUGUGCUGCUCAAUACCUUUACGGAUGAGUACCUGUUGGGUCGUGAAGUGCACAUGCCGUUGACACGAAAUGCCAUGAUAUACUGGAAUGCCGAGCUCGGAUUGGGCUGGGAUACUCCAAAUGGUCUGAUUGAUCAAUACAAUCCAGCCCUUGCGUUCGACCCUGAAUUCUUGGCGUUUAACAACGACGGCACGGAGCUUUAUCUAAAUCUUCAACAAAACUCUGCAAUGGUCCGCAUCAGUACCGCUACCGGUACUGCUUUGUCCGUUGAUGGAUAUGGCCUUAAAGAUCUCACCGCCGGAUCCGGUGCUGAUAUUGUCAAAGACGGCGAGUGCAAGCUUGUGACCAAUCCUUGUCUUUUCCUCGCACGUUCACCGGACGGUAUUGCGACCGUAGAGUACGAAGGCGUCAACUAUGUACUAUUGGCUGAGGAGGGAAGUGACUUUGAUCUUGGUGACUAUGAAGAAAAGGCUGACUCGAACGAUAUCUUUCAAGGCAAUGGAACUUUUGCGUAUUCUAAUUUUACCUUCGAUGCGUCUUUCUUCGCGGAAGGUGACUCCAGCGCUGGUUGCUCCGCUAAUUUCAAUGCGGAGUGUGAAAGCAACGAUCUUCCUUGGUGCUCCAACUUUGAACUUACAGUUGGAUCGUCAGCUGUCGACUAUACAGACCCAACUGCUCCCAAGAUGAACCGCAUCGUUGGGUUUGGAGGGCGAGGAAUCUCAAUCUUUCGAGUACCAUCUAACGUUCAGCAGCAAAUUACGAUGGUGUGGGAGUCCGGCUCCGAGUUUGAGGAGCGUACCUGCGCCGACUUUCCGUGGGCGAACAACGCUCUUACGGACGAAGAGUUUGCUCCCAUUUGUACCGAUUCAAACCAAGACUUUGAGUGCGCUCGUUGGAUUCUUGUUUCCAACGACGAUCGGGAGGGCAUCAACGAAAGCACUGGUGCAUGUCCGAUGGGAUCAACAGUGGAUACAAAGGCGCAGCAAGACGGCCUAGGCGUCGAAACAGUUGUUGUCGGAAUUGCAUGUGACCAUCUCGUUGCUCUGGGUUGUGGCGAGAACAAUGCGAUGUGCUUUCUAUACGACAUAUCCGACAUUGAGUCUCCGGUCCAUCUCAAAACUUUCAACUUGAGCCCGUCAUCUCGCAAUAGAAACCCCGAACAGUCUUAUCUCGACGAUCUUGGUGAUAUUGAUGCUGAAACGAUCCAGUUUAUUUAUCCCGGCCAGAGCCCUACCGGAAAGUCUGGAUUUAUAUUUGGCGGUGCCAUUAGUGGUACCCUCUCUUUCUGGGAGUUUGAGUGCGCUAGCGAAGAAACCGCUCAAAGCGGCUCUGGUGGUGGGCAGAGCCAAGAGUUAAGUGACAGCGACGAGAGUUUGGAAGGCGGGGCGAUCGCAGGAAUAGUGAUUGGAUCGGUUGUCGGCUUGGCUUUGCUUGCUGUCAUUGCCUUGAGGGCCAUGGGAGGAAACAAGAAAGAAAUAGACACGGGCAAAACAGGCAGUAGCGACCAUACCGAGACCGUAGAUGGUCUAGCUUAA